GCGACCGAGGACGUGGUGUAAACGUCUUUCAAUAACAAACAACAUCUUGACCGAGUCUUUUUUGCGCGCGCGCAAUCAGCUAGCUGGCUAGUAGCUGUUUCGAUAUCGCGACCUUACCCACCUACCUACCCAACAACUAAUCGACCGACCGAGACCGACCGAACGAUCGAUUCCAAGCAAGACAUUCACGAUCAUGGCUACCACCUCCGCCGCGGUGAAAGGGAAAGGCGUAGGGCCAGACGGGAAGGACACCAACCCCCGAGGAAUCCCCUACGCGCCCUUUGUCGACAAGGUAGAAGACUACGUCUCCUCCCGUUCAGACGUCGAGCCGACGCUUCGGUCGUUUCAGGAGAUGGUGGCAAAGUACCAGUUUAUGGAGCAGAACCUGCAGCGGAGGGUGGCGGGGCUGACGGAUAAGAUGCCCGACAUUGAGAAGACGUUGGAGACGGUGAGGUUUUUGAAGUUGAGGAACGAGGGUGAUGACGAGGGGGAGGGGGGGGGAAUCGAGACCACGUUUGAGCUGAAUGAUACGCUUUACGCCAAGGCAAAGAUUGGGAGGACGGAGGAGGUGUAUUUGUGGUUGGGGGCGAAUGUUAUGCUGAGUUAUCCGAUUGAGGAGGCGGAGGAGUUGUUGGAUGGGAAGUUGGAGGCUGCGAGGAGGAGUUUGCGGAAUUGUGAGGAGGAUUUGGAUUUCUUGAGGGAGCAGAUUACGACUAUGGAGGUUGCGGUGGCUAGGGUUUAUAACUGGGAUGUGGUGCAGAAACGGAAGGAGAAGGAGGAGGAGGAGAAGCAAGGGAAAGGGAAGGAGGAGGGGACGGCGGGGGGAUGA